CUAGAGAAGUAGGGCAAUCCAGAUUUCGCCAUUUUUACUUUUCAGUGAAAGGAGAUUUUAUAAUUGUCAGGCUGGAGGGCGACGAAUAUUUUGAGAAAAGUGUGUCAUUACAUUUAACUAUUCGUAGUCAGAAUUAUUUAUUUUAAAAGUAUCCGUUAAUAGUGUGGUUUUGUUUAUUACUAACGUUUGUAUGUAGUGCUACUUCCCCAUCGUAAGAUUGCUCGUUGGUGUGUCGCUUAGCUAAUUCAAUGGCUAUGAUAUCAAAGUUUUAAUUUGGUGAGUCGCUUGACGUUCCCUAAGGGGCAUAGUAACGAAGAAGCAAAGCGGCGCGGUUAGAGAUGAGCAGGCCUCAAGGUGGACGGAUCCAAGUCCCGGAUGACCUUAGAGAAAUCUUAUUGGAAUUUACCAUAAGUUAUUUACUGGAACAACCGGGAGACGUUAUUAACUACGCAGUCGAGUUCUUCACGAGGUUACAGAACAACAGAACGACGACGAUAGUGCGGGGCCCAUCAGCAGGCACUCCUGAUGAAUCUAUAAUAUCAGAUGAAGAAGAGCCGCCAGUGGCGCGCUUCAACAAUCGACGUAAGUCGGUAUUUGCUGAGACCUAUGAUCCAGAGGAGGAUGAUUCUGAUGAGGGAGCACCGGCCGUGUUUCCGAAGUCGGACGCGCAACGCGCUCGUCUCGCCGAGGCAGUCCGUGGCAUUUUGUUAUUCCGUUCGCUCGAUGCACAACAAAUGCAGCAGGUACUAGAUGCGAUGUUUGAGAAGCGCUCAGUACCCGGCGAGUACGUUAUUCGACAAGGCGACGAUGGCGACAACUUCUACGUCAUCGAGAAUGGAGUGUUCGAUGUACUCGUUACUGGAGACGAUGGCGUUGAAAAGGCGGUGCACACGUACGAGGGCUCGGGCUCGUUCGGCGAGCUGGCGCUGAUGUACAACAUGCCGCGCGCCGCGUCCGUGCGCGCGCAGUCGGCCGGCGCGCUGUGGGCCAUGGACCGCCACACCUUCCGCCGCAUCCUGCUCAAGAGCGCCUUCAAGAAGCGCAAGCUCUACGAGGAGCUGCUCGACAAGGUGCCCAUGCUGAAGGCGCUCCAGCCGUACGAGCGCGCCAACCUCGCGGACGCGCUGCUGCCGCGCACGCUGAUCGACUGCGAGCUGAUCAUCCGGCAGGGCGACACGGCCGACGGGAUGUACUUCGUGGAGGACGGCUCCGUCAGCAUCCGCAUCGCGCGCGACGACGGCAACGAGCACGAGAUCAAACGGCUCGGCAAAGGUGGAUACUUCGGUGAACUGGCUCUCGUCACCCAUAAGCCUCGUGCUGCUUCUGCAUAUGCUGUUGGCCCCACCAAAGUCGCAUUCCUCGACGUGGAGACCUUCGAGCGGCUGCUGGGCCCGUGCAUGGAGAUAAUGAAACGCAACAUCGACGACUACGAGGAGCAGCUCGUCAAGCUGUUUGGAGACAAGAGCAACCUCACCGACGUGCGAUGAACGACCGGCCCCCCCACCGAGCCCCCCUUUGCCGUAAUCACACCCUCUAUUACCUUUCGUGUUCAGUUUUAACAUAUACGGAUGUGGCUGGAAACCAUACUUGAUAUUUAAACAAUUCAUGCUCAAAUCGUGAAACGUCACCUUCGAUAUUUUCGAACGUCGCGAGUAUUUUCUUCAAUAGCAUUGGAUUGUUUUAUAUAACAGGGUAUUUCUUUUUGUGGAAAAUUGUUUGGAAUGUGACUUGAAGCUAUAACAACCGGAGUCUGGAUAUUCGAUGGAGUUGAAAAAUUUAAUGGCAACAUUUACUUAAAAUAUGGUUUUCAGCCGUUUACGAGAUGGAUUCCAUCUAAUUGAUGCUGUAGUAAUUUUACUGAAGUUAUUUAUACCCUAGUUAUUCACCAUUUAAUAACGAUACCAUUAUAUUUUAUUUUCGUUCUUCGUAUAUUCCUAAAUAUUUGAAGUUUGUGCCAUGUUAUUUUGUAUUAAUUAAAAUAAAGAUUACGUUGUUAAGGAAGGGGGGAAUAAAUCUACCAGCGUCGGAUAAUAUUGCAUUGUAACAAUAAUACGCUUAUUUUAGAUAGAUAAAAUGCCUUAGUAGCUAUGUAAAUAAUGAUCCCACGCUUUGUCAUCGAUUACGCUGCUCGUUUGAUGUAGACUAAACUGAUUCGUUGAACUUUAUUUUAAUGUAGAAGAGUCCAUUUUAGACUGGCGCUCUUUGAAUGAUUUGCGUACAAAUUUGUGAAACUAUGUAGUGUUAUCGAGCUCCCGAGUGAAGCUCAGCUCAUUACUGUUUAAUAAACGACUUGACGUGACGCAUCUCCAUUCGUAACGUAGUUUCUUGUGCAUUUCUUCACAAAUGUUCAAUUUGACUGAAAUAAUUUAAAAAAGGAAUUUAUCCUUGAAGUGUCAAAUGUCAGUUCGGUGACAGGGCGGGUGUCAAAUCAUGAUAAGUAUGUACUGGGAAGAUGGCAUUUAGUCUUUAAAUUAAAAAAAAAAAAGAUGUUUUAGUAGUGGGACGACAA